AUGAGUUCAAGCGGCGGAAGCAAGAAUAAGUUCAAGCGGGAGCGGGCGCAAAUGCGUGCCGACACAAAGGCACUGUUCGACGACAUCAAGGGGCCAUUGCUGCAAGGAUUGGGAUUGGCGCUGCGCAAGCCCGUGACCAAGAAUGAAGCGGCCGAAUGGGUCCACCACGACCUGGACAAAUUCAACCGCGCUUUUCUGAAGCUUUUUGCCCCGAGUUUUUUUUCUGGACUACGUGCUAAGCAGGGAAUCGAUGAGGCGGCUUUUUGUGCCAGCAUGUCGAAUGAGCAAUGGACUUCCGACGGGACCCGCGGGAACAGCGGCUCGGUGCUGUUUUCCACGGCCGAUCGCCAUUUCUUCAUCAAGUCCAUCAGCAAGCGGGAGUACGAGCUGUACGAAAAGAUCUGGCCCAAGCUCAAGGAGAAGAUGAUGAGCGGCACCUCGUUUCUGCCGCCGGUGGUCUGCCUCUUCGUCGAGAAUACGCAUGACAACAUCGGCUACCUAGUGAUGAAGAACCUGUUCCUCGGCAUCAGCGGGCCAGCGUUUGAUUUGAAGGGGCGGAAGAGGACCAUGGCCGCCGGCAUGACAACCGGCCGUGACGACGAGUUUGUCGCUGACUUCCCUGGCGGCAUCAUUCUCGAGAAGCGGGACCGCGACCAGCUGCUGUCGAAGCUGCAAGCAGAUAUUAAAAUAUUCGUCUUCGUCGACGUCAUCCUGUACAUGGGGCUGAUUCUGUUGGCCGUCAUCUGCAAA